AUGGGGUGUACCUUUAGCAGAAAGAACAUGGUGGCAAGGAAGCGCAGUGAAAUGAUCGACAGGAAUUCGAGAGCUGAAAGAGAAAAAUCAGAAAGAGAGGUCGGGGUGCUCCUCCUUGGUGCUGAUGAGUCAGGAAAGAGUACGAUUGCCAAACAGAUAAAAAUUAUCUAUGGGGGAGGUUACUCAGAAGAGGAGUGUAAACGGUACAAGGCUGUGGUCCACAGUAACACCAUCCAAUCCAUUACCGCCAUUAUCCGCGCCAUGGGCCGACUCGAGAUCGAAUUUGAAGAUGCAGCACGAGCAGAUGACGCAAGACAGCUGUUUGAAGCGGCCGGCUCAGCGGAGGAGGGCUUUAUGUCAUCGGAGCUGGCUGGAGUGAUUAAACGACUGUGGAGGGAUGGCGGGGUUCAGGCCUGCUUCAGCCGCGCCAGAGAGUACCAGCUCAACGACUCAGCGGCAUAUUACCUGAAUGAUCUGGACAGGAUAUCUCAGGCCACCUAUAUUCCCACCCAGCAGGAUGUGCUAAAAGCCCGAGUGGAAACCACAGGCGUCGUUGAGACUAACUUCAUAGUCAGGGACUAUUAUCAUUUCAAGAUGAUUGAUGUCACAGGUCAGAGGUCAGAAAUGAAGAAGUGGAUCCACUGCUUUAACGAGACCACGGCGAUUAUCUUCUGUGUGGCACUGAGUGACUAUGACCAGGUCUCGGGAGAGGAUGAGGAGAUGAGCCGAAUGUAUGAAAGCCUGAAAUUGUUUGACAGCAUCUGCAAGCGACGCGUGGGCUCCCGCACUGUUCUCUUCCUCAACAAGAAAGAUCUGUUUGAGGAGAAGAUAAAGAAGACCCCACUCACCGUUUGUUUUCCAGAAUAUGCAGGAUCCAACACAUACGAGGAGGCUGCAGACUACAUCUGGCGUCAGUUUGAGAGCCUGAGUAAGGACCGUGUCGUCCACACCCACUUCACGUGUGCGACGGACACAAAGCACGUGCAGUUUGUCUUUCACGCUGUCACUGAUGCUAUCACUGCUAUUCGCUGCCAUUUGCACCUUUGGCUGGUGGCCGAGUGGUCUAAGGCGCCAGACUCAAGGCUCUAUACCUUACAGCAGAUGGGUGUUCUGGUCUCCAAGUGGAGGCGUGGGUUCGAAUCCCACUUCUGA